CGACCAACCAUAAUUUUAACUAUCUUUGGUCAUUAACUGAAAAAGGCGCAAAAUUUUGCCCGCUCCCAUAUCAACAAUGGCAACAGCAACGGCCGCCUUUUCUUUGUUCUCUGCGAACUCUAUUUUCUCUAACAAACAGACCCCUUUUUUUCCUCUCUCUCGUCCACCUAAACGCACUCUCACUGCUUCUCAAAACCGCCCCGUUGCACGAAAAUCUUCCGGUAAUGGUACCGUUGCAGGUAUAAUUGGCGUGGGUUUGGCCUCCUUAGCGGGACCCGCCUCAGCUUCGGGUUUACCGUUGCUGGGUCAGCUCAGUGAACCCGCCAACGCAUUAUCUUUGCCCACUUGGGCUAUUCAUGUUUCCAGUGUUGUUGAGUGGAUUACAGCAAUGGCUUUGGUGUGGCAUUAUGGAGAGAAAUCUGGGUUUGAAACUUGGAAGGGACUCUCUUGGGGUAUGGUACCUCUGCUUGGUGGAGCAUUUUGUGCAUGUACAUGGCAUUUCUUUUAUAAUUCUGAAUCUCUAGAGGUGUUGGUGGCUCUUCAAGCAGCAUUGACAGUGAUAGGUAAUGCCACAAUGUGCAUUGCUGCAUUCCGAAUAUACAAAUCAACAGAGGAACGUCCCAAGAAUCUCUGAGAGGUUGCGGGUCAGUACGCCACACUGUGUCUGAAAAUGUUGUUUCCUGUAUCUGUUGUUUACUUGCAAGGUAAGGCUACCUCAGUAGAGCUCUAACAAAAAAUUGAACUGAUGAUAUUACAUGAACAAACACACGCAUAUAUAUAUAUAUAUGCGUACAUACAUGUACAUGUAUAGCUGUGUAUGUGUGGUGCAGUUACAGAUAUAUACAAAACAUUUUACUUGCUUGCUUUCAGAUGGGAUAUACCAUGCAGGAAACUUCACAAUUCAGGACAAAAGUGGGUUCUGUGAGUUAGCUAGAACUUACAAGUAAAAUGUAGUUGUCUUAUUAUUAUUAUUAUUCUUUAAAAUAUAACUAUGGGAAGGUGUAAUUCUGUCCUGUGCUUGCUGGAGAAUGGUUGGGAGGAGCCUCACAGUCAAAAUGCCAGUUUAUUUUGAGUUGUAUCUAUAGUAUUUGAUAUCAACCAUGAUGCUAGGUGAUUUUGUCAAUCAAGUGGGAUUGACUUGAGCCUUUGUACAUGAUUAUUUUACAUUUUCUUUGCAACUGUUUGGAUUAACUAAUGGAGGAUUGCCGCAACUGCAGACUUUAUAGUUUCUAA